AUGGCGCGACUAUCCAGCGUAUUCGUUCUUUUCGCCCUACUGGCCGCUACUAUAGUGACCGCGUACAACCAGACGCUGGAAGAAGAGAAUGCGACCUGCGACAACAACUGCUUCUUCAACAGCUUUCCAGGUGGUUCCUGCACUAACGACGCGCAAUGCAUGUGCGAUAAGCAAGAGUACCGCGAGGCAUACUUCUGCUGCAUGGGCAAGAACUGCAACCCUAAUGUCUUGCCUGCCCUCAAUGGCAUCCGCUUCUACUACCUCAACGGCGUCCACGACGGUCACCACCGGGGCUUCUUCUGCUGGAAAUCAAACUACCUCGAGUAG